UAUAAUUGACUAGUAAAGUGUAGAUUGAUCAAACGGUGGAGAGAGAGAGGAGGAGGUGCACGUGAGAGUGAGGAAAACAAAGCAAAACACAGAGCGAAGAGAGAGAGAGAAAGUGGCUGGACCUGGACACUGGACCCUCCGAGAAAAACUCACUGGAAGUGACUUUUGUUUGCUACUCCCGAGGUCUCUGUCUCUCAAUAGUGAGUGGUAGUGGACACACAAAACACCCAACACUGUGCGCACCAACCUCCACUGUCUAAGGAGAUCACGCACACACACAACAACAACACUUCCAGCUUCAAACUCUAAGACCCCUUUUAUUAUUAUCAGCUCCUCUCUCUUUUUUCUUUGAAAGUUACUUCUCAAAACACAAAAAGCAACUGAAUUUUAAAAAACAACACUUUUGCUUUUGCUUUUGCUUCGGAGAUUUUGAAGUUAGUUACUUAGUUGAGUUUAUAUGUAAAUGUGAAAAGACUUUUCAGAAUGGAUCCGCCGGCGAUGAUGAACGAAGGGUCGUCGUAUAACUUGGCGGAGAUCUGGCAGCUUCCACCGAUGAAUGGCGGCGUUGGAGGAAUGGUGAUGGGGCUGAGGAGGCCUCAGUUCGGCGAUGUAAACGGUGCGACGAAUCGGGAAGUUUCGGGUAACGAUCCGAUGAGUUUGGACCAGCGAGGUGGCAAUGGCGGUGGGUCGAGGAAGCGGCGUGAUUUGGAGGACGAUUCUUCCAACUCCAAUGGCGCGAAUGAUUGUGAGGGAAAGCGGCUGAAAACGUCAGGAAGUGGAGACGAGAAUCUUGAUUCAAAAGCUGAGGCAGAACCCAGUUCAGGCAAGCAUGUGGAACAGAAUACUCAGACCCCGCCGGAGCAGCCUAAGCAAGACUACAUCCAUGUACGAGCAAGAAGGGGUCAAGCUACUGAUAGCCACAGUUUAGCAGAAAGAGCUAGACGAGAAAAGAUAAGUGAGAGGAUGAAAACUCUCCAGGAUCUAGUCCCGGGUUGUAAUAAGGUUAUUGGAAAAGCACUGGUCCUUGAUGAGAUAAUAAAUUACAUCCAAUCACUACAGCAUCAGGUUGAGUUCUUGUCAAUGAAGCUAGAAGCAGUUAAUACAAGAAUGACCCCUGGACUUGAAGUGUUUCCUUCUAAAGAUUUUGGUCAACAGACAUUUGAUACUUCUGGCAUGGCAUUUGGUUCACAAGCCCCAAGGGAGUACACCCGCAGUUCAUCACCAGAGUGGUUGCACAUGCAGGUUGGUGGUGGUUUUGAAAGAACAACGUAGUCUAUGAAGUCCUCAUUCAGACCAAAAGAAAAGGGAAACCAAAAACAACAAAAAGUCCUUGUUGAUUGGUAAUAAAAGCAUUAAGAGGCAAUGCUUACUCCUUCAGUAGUUGUCAAAGAAUACAACCCGUAUACCACAAUAUGUUAAAUCAAAAAGAGACACAUCAGGCAUGGAGCUCUGGUUGCUUUCUGUAAGACUGCUUUAAGUUACCAUCUGAACAAACUCCGUUUGUUUGUGUGUUGGAAUAUCAAUUCUUUUCCUUCAUAUAUCUUUUAGCAGGCUUCACCAUUGUCUCUGUACUAAUACCCAAACAUAACCUCUUAGAACGAGUAUUGUUCUUGUUAAAGAAUGUUGCUUGUUCAGAA